AUGGUGAACGAGACCAAAGAACACCAAAGAGCUGUCACUCUUUGGUUCAACCUAAUUUCAAAUUUCUAUAGAAUUCUAUGGUUGUAAUUUGGCGGUAAAAGUUAACAAACAAAUAAACAAACCGAAAUUUUUCAUAGCCGCAGUCUGCCAUUGUUUAUUAAAAUUGGUAAACAUCUGGAAAAAGCACUACUUUCAAGUAAUAAUUAUCUCCCAAUUAAUUACAUACCUUAUACAUUUUAACAUCUAUUUCUAUAUUACGAAUUGAAAUGGACUUUACUGCAAGGAAAAGAAAGAGUCUGAGGCUGAUUCCCAACAAUUCAAAUUCACAGUAUUCUCUCGAUUUAAGUAUGUACAACAUUCCACCGAUCGGUGAAACAAGUUUGGAAGAAUUCGAAACGCUUGCUAUCGAAAGAUUACAAUUAAUGCGAGUUCUUGAACAAGCUGCUUCAAAAGGUCAUAAAAUAAAUAGUGAAGAGUGGAAGAAGUGUAUCAAGGAAGAUUUGAACAAAUUAGAUCUGAAAAAAUUUGUUAGGUUGAUGAAUGGAUUGGAUGGUCAGACCGAGUUGGAUAUCAAUGCACGUAGAGCAGAUCAUUUGUCUCAUUUUAUAUUGAGAUUAGCUUACUGUCGUUCUGAAGAAUUGAGAAGAUGGUUUAUCAAUAGGGAGUUAGAAUGGUUCAGAUUACGUUUCAUGGUUCAAAACCAAACUACUCUAAACAGGUUUUUCGAAAGCAAUAAAUUGAUUUAUAGUCCCAUUUCUGAUCCAGAGAAAAAUGCCAUAUUCAAUGAACUUUUGAUGUCGACAUUCAACAUGUCUGAUGUUAAUAUUAAAUCUAGUAAUUUUUUCAAAGUUCCUUUCUCUGAAGUCUGUUCACUGAUUAGAAGUAGAAGGGUGUUUGUCAAGUUGGGUUAUGCUUAUAUACCUACUAACGAACUGAUUGUUUGUGUUCAGGCAAAAUUCAGAGCUAACUUAAGUGAAGCAUUGAAUGUUGCUAAUCACCGUUUGCCAUCCUUGGAUGAUGAUAGAAUCAACACAUUUUUGCUCAAUCUGAACCACUCCUACACAGGAAAAGAUUACACAUCACCAAGUUCCGAGAGGAAAGAAAUGGAUAUUGCUGAUUUGGAUCUUCAUUCGAAGAAACAUUACCCAUUAUGUAUGAGACAUAUUCAUGAAACAUUGAGAGCUACCCAUCACUUGAAACACAAAUGCCGACUUCAAUAUGGACUGUUCUUGAAAGGCAUUGGUUUGACGUUGGAAGAUGCAAUGGAUUUUUGGAGGGAAGAAUUUACAAAACUUAUGGAUCAUAACAAAUUCGAAAAAGAUUAUGCUUACAACAUCAAGCAUGCAUAUGGCAAAGCUGGAGGAAUGGUUAAUUACAGUCCUUACAGCUGCAUGAAGAUAAUAAUGGACUCUGUUGGGGCAGGAGAUCAUCAUGGUUGCCCCUUUAAGCAUUGGGAUUCUCAUUUGAUGAAGCAGAAGUUGAUGGAUUAUGGAGUUUCUACAGAAGGUUCGAUCUAGUUUGAAAAUUUUCUUGAAUUAGGAAUUGACGCAGUUUUGGAAUUGGUUAAAGGUGGCCAUUUUCAAAUAGCAUGUACAAAAUAUUUUGAAUAUACCCAUUCUAUGCAGCCACCCUCUUCAGUUAUAAAUCAUCCAAAUCAAUUUUUUGAAGAGAGCAUACAAAUGUCUGGAGAGAAGAAAAAAGCAUGAUUUAUUUAUUGGAAGAAAAAAGUUACUAUGUUUGUAAAUAUACUUGUCAUUUUAA